CGUCACAUAGGACUACUAAAUUGUGCGAAUCUAUAACAAAACAACUGGUAUCAAUUUAACACCGAGACCUCAACAGAUGCAAUAAAAAGCAAUGACAGUUUGUCUCAAAUAAAAAUUCUGGACAUCAGGUCAGUCCUAACUGAAACUCAGCCAAACAUCGAUGAAAUAUCAAUACCAGAAACAUCCAUUCAUAUAGUAGAUCUAAGAAUUCCAUCGAAUAGUUUAAUUGGUGCAGAUUCACAAGAGUUUGAUGACAAUACCAAAUUCAAACUGGAAUAUUCAACGGAAACCUUUUGUUGUUUUUGCAAAUCGAACGUUACGAAUUUUGAUAGACACAUUAAUAGACAGCAUAGAGACAAUCCCGAGGUGCAGGAGAUAAUGUCUCUUCCAUUAGAACACAAACUGAGAGUUAUGUUGAUAAGAAAUCUGCGAGAACGAGGAAAUUAUUUAUUGGACUCCAUGAAUACAUGCACGACGACCGAAUUAUUUGAUCCCAAUGAAUACUUGGCUUGCCAGUAUAGCCUAUACUGCGAAGACAGUGUUGUUGAUCAGUCAUUACCCAUCAGCGAACAACUUAAAACUGAUAUUUUUCCUAAAAUGCGACCAGAUCUCUGUUCAAAGGUCACCAAGGAAGAUACUCUUAUCUGCAAAUACGGAUCCUGGUAUCUAGAAAAUAUUUCUUCAGGUCUCCAAAAGAUCUCAACGCUGCGGAUGAGAGAACUGGCCAAAUUGUUGAUGGAGAUUCAAGAAAGAAAUUCCAAUAUUAAAGAUCUAGAAGAUGCUCUUCAACUAAAAUACUUCAAUUUUAUAGUGGACAGCAUAAAAUAUUUAGUAAACAGUUCUAAAAUUCUGUAUGAUUCUAUUAAGAAAUGUUGUGAACUGAUAUCACCAGAUCUUACUGGUCACAGAAAAAGAGAAGUGGAGAAGAUUAAAGAAUAUUUGAAACUAAAUUUUCUUGUAAUAGAAUUAGUACUUAUAAAUCUCUUAAAUCUAAUGGCAUUACUAUGUUAAAUUUGGCAGAAAAUAUAAGUAUUUUUAAAAUAUAUGUUUUAAAUGUAGCUAAUGAAGCUGUAGAAGUAUUAAAAGACAAGAAUGGUGAUAAAGAGGCAUAUCAAGCAUUAUUAGAAACUGUAUUUUGUAUGAUGGUAUUCUUCAACAGACUAAAAAUCGAUGAUGUUGCUAAACUACCUUAUCAGAUAUUUAACUAAACAGUUAAAUUCACUGAUCAAGUU